AACGAAAUUUACGCAAAAACACUAACAAAAAAUUAAAGAACAUUGUAAACAUUUGUUAUAUCAUGACAUAAUCAGGUUCGUAUAUAAGAUGCUGCAGGAUGUUGACGGGCACAGUCCUAAGAUGGCGAGGUUCGCGAUAGCUUGUGUGGUUCUUGGGGUCAUUGUGUGUGUCCAUGCGGCACCUGGCUAUGGCAGCGGAGGUCAUAGUGGUGGAGGCGGAUUUGGCAGCGGUGGCGGCGGCGGCGGCGGUGGGGGUGGAGGUGGAUUAGGCGGUGGCGGAGGACAAGGUCAUGGAGGAGGCGGCGGAUUCGGCGGCGGAUUCGGCGGUGGCGGUGGAAGUGGUGGUGGACUUGGCGGUGGUCACGGUGGAAGCGGUAGUGGCGGACUUGGAGGUGGUCAAGGCGGAAGCGGCGGCGCAGGACUUGGUGGUGGCCACGGAAGCGGUGGAGGCGGUGGCGGCGGACUAGGAAGCGGCCAUGGUGGAAGUGGUGGCGGCGGACUUGGUGGCGGCCACGGUGGAAAUGGUGGUGGAGGACUUGGCGGUGGCCACGGCGGUGGCGGUGGACUUGGAGGUGGAGGUGGUAAUGGCGGAGGCAACGGCGGUGGCGGUGGACUUGGAGGUGGCAGCGGGCUUGACGGUGGCAAUGGCGGUGGCGGUCAUGGUGGGCACGGUGGUGGACAUGGCGGACAUGGCGGACAUGGCGGACACGGCGGAGGUGGCAGUGCAAACGCCCAAGCUAGUGCUAGCGCCAGCGCCGGUAGCGGUGGUUACGGUGGUCACAAAGGCGGAUACGGACGCUAAGCCUACCAAGAAAAUUGCUAAUUUAAUAACUUCAGAAGAAGCAAACUCAUUGUGAUAUAUAAAUAACACGAUUUCAUAAUAUUGCUAUUAAUAUUAUGUAAUAAAUACUUCAUUAAUAUAUCAGUUAUUUACCAAA